CUAUCCAAUGAGUGAAGAGAGCUGACAUUCAAACUAGAACGGCGCUUUGGAGGUGGCGAUAGUAUGACUUUUCUUGAGGUUAUUUUGGCAUUUAGUUAACAAUAGAGGAUGUAUCUUUAAUUCAACAGAGCCUGAACUCUAAAAAAGCCCGAUAUAACAUAACACAAACCUCCACCAAGCAGUGCCAGUUUGGACGGGCUGCAGGCACUGAGAAUCUGAGAAAAUCUGAACAAAUAUUUGCCAAGGAGUCUGAGUAUUGUGCCCUGUCUCAAAAAAAACAAGACACUCCGGUUUAUUUUGUGUGAAAGCACAAGAAAUAGUCUAGCAUGGCCGAAAAGGCAACAGCGCAGACCUCGUGUAUUCAGGAAAGUCAUGAGGCCGACGAAUGCCUUGAAAAUAUUCCACCCGGAGCCACCGCUGCAGCUCGGACUUCGAAACCCAAGGUCCAAGGAGGAGAUGUGGAAGGAUAUUCCUCUGCACAACCAAGUAGAGAAAACAAGCCUCUCUCUGACAUGUGUACCUUUGCAACUCCAGCAAGAAACAAGGGUGGAGUCCAGGCAAAUUCACAGAUCACUGGUCUUACACCGACUUUAAAAUACUUUUAUGAUAUAUAUAAAUUGAAUGAAAAACAUAUUGGCAUGAAAUGUCCAUCUCCAGAACCUUUAAAACACGGAAACAAUCCUCGUCAGACUGUGCCUUUUUUUCCCUUUGGCAACACCACAGCAAAUUGUCAAAAAACAACCAGAAGUGCCACCCAACAUCCUGACUCAGAUUUCUCCAGUAGCCAUUCUGGGCGGUCAGUUGGUGACACACACCCUCGUGUGCAAUGGCUGGAUGAGGAAUACUUCCCAGAAAUUACUCUCCUUGAUGUUACAUGUGAUUCCACAAUGGAGCUGACUAGUAAUGGACUAGCUUUUCCUGACGGUGUGUCUGUGACACCAGUAUCUGCAAGGGAGUUGGUCAGGAGGCCAGAGCAGGUUGCUGAUAUGAAUCCAAACUCUAAGACGAGUUCUACUUUAACCCCAAAGAUUGAGAUAAGUUCAGUGCUGUUGUCAGGAGGGGAAUUAUCCUCCUUGGAGGUCACUCAGGAUAUUUCACCAGUGGAUAGUUUGAAAAACAACAAACUGUCCUCAGAGCUCAGUGUACAAAUCAUGGCAGAGACUAGCAGAUUGGACAAGAUUCAAAUUUCAACUGAAGAGUUGUCAAGCACUCUUAAUGGCAAUGUCACCCACACCAUAAGCUCAUUUAGUGAACAAUCUGACAAGUGUGCAGAGGGAAACACGGUGAAAGCUUGCUUGGAAGUAACUCGGGAUAUUUCUAUGGAAAGUGUUUUGGAAAACAGCAGGCCUUCACUGGAGCUCAGUGGAAAAGACAUGGCAAGGAUUCAAACACCGAUUGAGGACACACUCACUACCCAUCCUGCUAAUGUUACUCAUGACAUAAACUCCUCUCGUGACAUGUCUGCUCAGUGUGCUGCGUCACAGUUCUCAACUUCAGGUAUGCAGUGUAACACCAGUUCAAAGCUUGUCUCGUCUGAGCUUCCUGUUGAACCUGUUGAGACCACUGAUCCUGUGGAAGCUAACAAUGAAGAGCUGCUCACCAGCCAUGAUGCUGAACUAACCAGCAAGGUGGCACAGCCACUCUUAAAAACAACUGGAUCUGUGAACAGCACGUUUACCACUCUCCAGCCCUCCCAGCUGAGCACCUCCACCGAUUUAAACACUUCUGCUCAAAUGUCCUGCCUUCAGAAUAAAACAUUGGAUCUUCCCCCAUCAAAUGUUAGCAGUCCCACAGUGGAGAGUGAGGCGACAGGUCAGGCAUGUUCAGUCCCUAAAAACACAGCUGAACCUUCCUUUGAUAUGAGCCAGGAUUGCGCAGCUGUAAAGGCAAGCAGUUCGAGUGAUGUUCAGAAUGCCACUUUUGAUAGGCAUUCUCUUCAAAAAUCCAGUGGUAAUACCAUUUUAGGGGAAGCUGGUGCGGCAAGCUUUUCCCUCCAGAACAACACUUUCGACAGUAAACCUCUUCCUAAACAGAAUGGCACAAUAAUUUUGUCAGAAACUAGCUCAAGUGACGGUCACCAGAACACUUUAGAUAAGCCCUCUCCUCCCGAGGUCUGUAAUGCAACCACUAGUCCAAAGGACAACAAGUCUGAAGUCCACUCUCCUGAACUGUCAAAACAUAGUGGGACACCAGCUGGUACAGACACUAAUGCCAAGAUGGAUGACCCUCCUGAGAGCACCUUUGAAGCUAAUCCUGCAGCAGAGGUAGCCUCUGGAGCUGGUCAAUGUGAGACCAAGGAUGAUUCCUCAUCAGGUCUUCCUAUGGCAGAUGGAUUUUCUGACUCUUUGGGUCAUCAAAGCAUGCAUAUGGACAACAACAAAGCAAACACAUUCAAUUUGGAUGACACCCUAGAUUUGAAGUCAGACUAUUUGAUUACUUCAACCCCAAUGACUAACUGCAAAACUGUCAACUUGAACAUUGAACGAGAUGAGGGCAAAACAAUAGCGGCACAGAAAAAACUGUAUGGUCCCAGUAAGCCAUUUGGUCAGGUGCCGCCAGACGUGCCAUCGAACAUUGUGUGUGACCGAAAGACAUUCUUGACACAGCCUGCCGCUAAAUCCCUAUUGCCGUCCUCGAAAACAUCGCAGCUGUUGAAAUACAAGCCAGCCUCCAUACUUCCAGGACGGUUUGAGCUAUCAGGUCUGCCCAUGACGAGACAAAGAACUAAAGUUGAAGCUUCAAGAAAUGCAGCUGCUCCUAAUGCACCCCAGCAGACCACAGGAAUAUCAAGCUCCUACAACUUACGUGCUGCAACAACAGAAUCCAAGCUGCCCAAUUCUGGCUUGCGGAAAACGCAGUUGAGUGGCAUACCGUCAGGCAUCCAGAGAUUUGCACCAGGUCUCAGGCCGCCAUCAGCAAGAAGCAACGCCCCAGCUUCCUCAAAUAUUGACAAACUACGUGGACCUACAGCUACUAACCCUGUGAUGAAGACUUCACAAACAAAGAAGCACCUCUUAACCAGAGGUGAAACUCUGCCAACAGCGAAGAAGAAGAAGCUGGAUGCUCCCUUGUCGUCUGGUUGUGUUGAAGCCUCAACAUCUGUGUGUAACGUUGCAAACACAGCCAAAACCCUGAAACUGCCUACAACCGGUCAGAGAGCUUUGACAUCUAACAUCCAAAGAGAUGUGCCAGCCAGCACAGCUGAAAAGUCAACCUCUUGUGAUGCUCCUAGUCGAAACAAAAGCCUGAAACAGCCUGCAACUAGCCAGAGAGCUACACUAGCUAAAGCCCAGGGCCAUGGUUGUGCCAACUGCAUCGUGCUUGAACAGCAAAUACAGAGACUGAAAGAAGAGCUGCUAAAGCACACUAAACAAGAAGAAGAAGGCUGAUGUUAAUUAUUAUAUAAUCCAAGGAAGAAUUUUCAAUCCCGGGCAGACUAUUGGCACAAAACAACAGGAACAACAAAUGGAUGCUGAAAUAGAGCCAUCAGAUGAGGAUUUCACACGCAGUUAGAGAAGGAAAAAGAGCAGCUGAACAGAAAUAUCUUCAACAGCAGAGUUGGCUUCUUUUGACUGAUCUCUUGGUGAAUGGGGAACACAAAACUGAAUGAAACUCAGCUAUCGAAAUCAGCAAGCACCAAGUUAAUAUGUACAACAUUAAACAUUAUACUGCUAUUACUGCUGCUUUCUGGUACUGCUGUUGGGAGAAGCCUUGCAACAUUUAACUGUUCUUGGAU